AUGUCUACCGAACGCAAGUCAAGCGUCGCCGCCAGUGACGUGAAGGAGAAGCGACGAGUACAGAACCGCCAGGCUCAACGCAGAAGGCGACAGAGGCUUGCAACCCGAUUUGCGGCUCUGGAGGCUAAGGUUACAAGGCUGACGACCCUCUUGAGAGAGAACGGGAUGGGUCCUGAACUCUUGGAUUCUGAGGGUUGUGAUGACUACACUAACCCCACCGCCUGCUCACGAGAAGAGACUGUGACCGAGCCAUUGAAUGUCGUCCCCGAAUCGACAUCCCCAUCAACAACAUCGAAUCAGAUCCUGACUGCAAACCUGGCAGAGAUAGUAGCAAACAUUCAAUUUUGCUCGAUGGCGGAUGGCGAGAGGACAAUUGUCCCGUCUUAUGCGCCCGAUUCGAAUCCGUUCUCCGAAACCAUCCGUCCUACACAGGGCGUUCGCCGACUAGGCGAUACUUGGUUCGAUGUCGGCUACGAAGGAUCUGGG